CUUUAGUUCCUUCGAUCAGACCACAGCUCUCUUCCCCGACCUUCUUCUUUUCUACUUGUGUACUGUGUUCCAUUCUUCUACCUCUUUCCUUCUUUUGUGUGUUCUAGUUUUUUUGCCCCUCUGUUGGAACACGCUGCCAGCGUCGGCGUCUUCCAACUUUAAAAUUGAUUUGUGGUGGUUGAGACCACCAUCGGUGAAGAUCAGGGGGUGAUUCUUAUUCUUCUUCGCCCCAUUUUGCCUGCCUUCCCUUCCUUCCCCGUCCCACCUUACUCGGACACCUGGUUGGAACCUCACCCUCUCCAAUAGCGAAGCCAACAUGGCGCAACUCGACACUCUUGAUUUGGUUGUCCUGGUGGCGCUUUUGGUGGGUAGCGUUGCCUACUUCACCAAGGGCACUUACUGGGCUGUCGCCAAAGAUCCUUAUGCCUCCUCCGGUCCAGCGAUGAAUGGCGCCGCCAAGGCAGGAAAGACUAGAGAUAUCUUGGAGAAAAUGGAAGAAACUGGCAAGAAUUGCGUCAUUUUCUACGGUUCCCAGACUGGAACUGCGGAAGACUACGCCUCGAGAUUGGCCAAGGAAGGAUCUCAGAGAUUCGGUCUCAAGACUAUGGUUGCUGAUUUCGAAGAUUACGACUACGAAAACUUGGACAAAUUCCCCGAAGACAAGAUCGCCUUCUUUGUUCUGGCGACUUAUGGUGAGGGCGAGCCUACGGAUAAUGCUGUCGAGUUUUACCAAUUCAUCACCGGUGAAGAUGUUGCUUUUGAAAGUGGCGCGUCCGCUGAAGAGAAGCCGCUGUCCGCUCUCAAGUAUGUCGCUUUCGGUCUUGGUAACAAUACCUAUGAGCACUACAACGCCAUGGUUCGCAAUGUUGACGUCGCUCUGCAAAAGCUUGGUGCCCAACGUAUCGGUUCUGCUGGUGAAGGUGAUGACGGCGCUGGCACGAUGGAAGAAGACUUCUUGGCUUGGAAGGAACCUAUGUGGACUGCGCUUUCUGAGGCGAUGGAUCUUCAGGAGCGUGAGGCUGUUUAUGAGCCGGUGUUCAAUGUCACAGAAGAUGAGUCUAAGAGCGCUGAAGACGAGACAGUCUAUCUCGGCGAGCCGACCAAGGGUCAUCUCGAAGGUCAACCCAAAGGCCCAUUCUCGGCCCACAACCCGUUCAUUGCACCUAUUGUCGAGUCUCGUGAGUUAUUCACUGUAAAGGAUCGUAACUGUUUGCACAUGGAAAUUAGCAUCGCCGGAAGCAACCUCACCUAUCAAACCGGUGAUCACAUUGCUGUUUGGCCGACAAACGCUGGUGCCGAGGUGGAUCGGUUCCUACAGGUUUUUGGCCUUGAAGAGAAGCGUCAUUCGGUUAUCAACAUCAAGGGCAUUGAUGUGACGGCUAAGGUUCCUAUCCCGACCCCUACCACCUAUGAUGCCGCUGUUCGUUACUAUAUGGAAGUCUGUGCCCCUGUUUCCCGGCAGUUUGUCUCGAGUCUGGCUGCUUUUGCCCCCGAUGAGGCGACCAAGACAGAAAUUCAGCGUUUGGGCAAUGAUAAGGACUACUUCCACGAAAAGAUCACCAACCAAUGUUUCAAUAUUGCCCAGGCUCUUCAGAGCAUCACUUCCAAACCUUUUUCUGCCGUUCCAUUCUCGUUGCUCAUUGAAGGCCUCAAUAAGCUCCAGCCUCGUUAUUAUUCUAUCUCGUCAUCUUCCCUCGUCCAGAAGGAUAAGAUCAGUAUUACUGCCGUUGUGGAAUCCGUCCGUUUGCCUGGUGCCUCCCACCUUGUCAAGGGUGUGACCACGAAUUACCUCCUUGCGCUCAAGCAGAAGCAGAAUGGUGAACCUUCUCCUGACCCUCACGGCUUGACGUACGCCAUCACUGGUCCGCGCAAUAAGUACGAUGGCAUUCACGUUCCUGUUCACGUCCGCCACUCGAAUUUCAAACUGCCAUCUGAUCCCUCGAGACCCAUUAUCAUGGUUGGACCUGGUACCGGUGUCGCACCUUUCCGUGGCUUUAUCCAAGAACGUGCCGCCUUGGCGGCUAAAGGCGAGAAAGUCGGCACAACCGUUUUGUUCUUUGGGUGCCGUAAUCGCAAUGAGGAUUUCUUGUAUCAGGACGAGUUCAAGAUUUAUGAGGAACAACUUGGUGAUUCAUUGAAGAUCAUCACUGCAUUUUCCCGCGAGACUUCUCAAAAGGUUUAUGUCCAACAUCGGUUGCGUGAACAAGCUGAGCUGGUCAGCGACCUUCUGAAGCAGAAAGCCACAUUCUACGUUUGUGGAGAUGCCGCCAACAUGGCACGUGAGGUCAAUCUGGUGCUUGGUCAGAUAAUUGCCCAACAGCGUGGUCUUCCCGCCGAGAAGGGUGAGGAAAUGGUCAAGCAUAUGCGCAGCAGUGGAAGCUACCAGGAGGAUGUCUGGUCAUGAUUGUUCCGUGGCUGUUUCUUUAAGUGAACAUGACUUCUUUUCCCCUUCUCAUGCCUAGAUGAUCUUUGCAUAUAUACUCCGCCUGUUAUUCCUUUCUAUACUUUUUUUUUUUAUCUUUCGGCGUGA